UCUCUGCUUCGCUCCGCAAGUCCGCACCACUCCGCCUCGGUGGAGACCGGGCCUUAUCGUUGGCGGCCAAUUCUUUAUUUACGAUGUUGUACGUACAAAAAGUUCCUAUGCCGAUACACUGGCGAUCACAGAGCGGUAAAAAUAGGUCCUCUAAAUGUCAGGCUUGACACUAACACCGUUCCAGUUUCGAAGACCAAACAAAAGAGUGUGUCACAUUAUUAUGACGUUUAUAAAAGUACAGUUUACAAAUCGUGCGAUUGUUUACGCUUUUCGUGUCUCCAAGAAAGUUGAGUAGCGUGAAACCAGUUAAAUAUGUGUCGAAAUUAGUGAGUAAAUAUGAAGCCAGCAAAUAUGCGGAGCAAAAACCAGGUUUACAGUGUCGGCAACUACCUCAUGACUGGCAAAGUACUGGGCAAGGGGCACUUCGCGCGUGUCGAGGAGGCCACGCACCGGAUCAUAGGCAAGAAGGUGGCGAUCAAAAUAAUCGACUUGACGUGCAUAAAGGAAGAGUACGCGCGUCGAAACCUGCACCGCGAGCCGAGAGUCAUGGCCAAGCUGCGCCACCCAUGCAUCGCGGCGCUCUACGAAACUAUGAUGCACGGGCCGCGUCUGUACGUGGUGAUGGAAGCGGCGGGCGGCGGCGACCUGUGCGCGCUUGUUUUAGCGGCGCGCGGGCCGCGGGGCGCGCGCGGGCUGCCCGAGGCACGCGCGCGCGCGCUCGCCGCCCAGCUCGUGUCCGCCGUGCGGCACAUGCACGCGCGCGGCGUCGUGCACCGGGACCUAAAAAUGGAGAAUAUUAUGCUGGAUACCAGUAAACAGUUUAUCAAGAUCGUAGAUUUCGGGCUGUCAAACGUGUGGAGCGCGGGCGGCGCGCUGCGGACGCCGUGCGGCUCCCUGGAGUACGCCGCGCCCGAGCUGUUUGUGGACGGCCGCCGCUACGGGCCCGAGGUGGACCUGUGGAGCAUAGGCGUGAUCGUGUACGGCAUGGUGACGGGCGGGCUGCCGUUCUCGGGCGCCGACGCGGGCGCCGCCGAGGGCCGCUCGCGCCCGCUGCUUCGAGCCGCCAUCGCGCGCGGGUUCACGUGCAAGCAGAAGGCCGCGCUGGCCUGCGUCUCACCAGAGUGCAAGACUUUCAUCCAGCACCUGCUCGAACCGAACGUGGAGCUACGGAUGAAGAUCGAGGAGGCGGCGCGGCACCGCUGGGUGCGGCGACCCGGCAUGCGUAUGAAGGCGCACCCGCUAGGCUGUGUGGACCCCAAGGCCAACAGGGAGAUAUACAGACAAAUAUCCGAGCUGUGCGGCCAGACAGUCAUGGACAUUGUGGCACAGAUCAAAGCGGACCCGUUCGGCUGUGUGGCUGGCAUCUACAACAUCAAGACCCACCUGCACCAGAUGCAGGCCGUGCCCGGCGCUGAACUGCUGUGGUCUUCCAACACACAGGAGCCUCGCCCGCUGUCUCCUCCCGAGUACCACGCCAAGUACGAGGCGGAGGCGAGCGAGGCCGCGUCCUGCAGCAAGAUAUUCACGCCGCUGGCCAGUCUGCCCAACAAGAGCCAGUUCAAGCCGCGACAGCCCACCCCGCCCAACGAUGUACAGCCGCCGGAACACAAGAUCCCGCACGUGCCCGCCGUCCAAAUGCCUCAAAACAACUCGAUGACGAAGCCGACUCAGAAGCCGGAGCAUUUGAGGACGGUCAAGCGACAGCCCAUGCAGAGCCCGAGAUUCUCCAUGCGACCAUUGAGCAGCAACUUCACCCUGAAGAACCCCGUCUACAAAGUGUACGAUAACGGAGACUGUGGGUUAGACCCCCGCCUGCCAAGUAUCGACGAACAUUCCAACACGGACUUGAACGAUAAGAAGAUCGUGAGGAAGGGCACGCGGACUGCCUGCGUGAGGAAGGUCAAUUUGGAGGAGGAAAGACCGCGGCUUAACAGCUGCCCUACGAGGAAUGGGGAAGCGAAGCGAACAGAAUUCUACAGGAGAGGAGGCGACGGUUUGCCCAGCUGGCGAGCGAGCGGCAUGCAGGCCCUUAACGCGCCCCCUGCCAGGAUCCUCCUGCAGAGCAACGCGACGACGAUCAAGCGAGCCUCUUUAGGCAACAUCGUGAGUCCACACUCCUCAUCCAACAGCCACUGCAAAAGCGAGAGGGCGAUGCCAGUGGGCUGGUACUCCACCCGAAACACGGCGAACAAGGACGCGCCUCACCUGCAGAGGCUACGGAGAACGACGCCCCUAAAGUGACCACUCGAAACUACACCUUAUUUCGAUGUUUUUAAGGACUUUUUUAAAUUGUUUACGUGUCACCUUAAUUGUAAUUUUAAGUGAAUAAAAAAGUUUUAUUCUUAUUGUACAAGGCAUCGACUGAAUUGUUUUUAGACGUACGAUUUUGAUUUAUAUGGAGUA